AUGAGAUAAAAUAUAUUAAAUGAUAAUAAAACUAGUUAUAAUAAGGAAAUACAUCUUUUCAAAAUAGAAAAUCCAGUUCUUGAGUAAAUAAAGAACCAUAUUUAAAAAUUGCAUCCUUAAAUAAAAUAGAACUAUAGUUCAAUAUAUAAAGAUGAUGAUGGAGAUUUGAUAAGCAUAAGUUCAGAUGAAGAUUUAAAAGUUUUGAUGGAGAGUGUCAAGAAUUAGACAGUCAAGAUUACAAUAGAACCAUUGGAUUUACAAGCAUUGUACAUUUGAG